ACCUCACAGCGAUCAGCGCGUCCGCACUAGCAAAAAGCAAUUGAAACCCUUCCACCAUCCUCGUCAUAAUGGACCACCUCAAGACUGACGCUUCCGCUGCCCCCGCCCCCGUGGCCCCCACCCCUGCCCCGACCCAGGAGCGCGAGCGCCCGUUCCAGUGCCCCGUGCCUUCGUGCAACGGCCGCUUCCAGCGCAAGUUCACGCUGCGCGAGCACAUGAAGACCCACACGGGUGAGAAGCCCUACCAGUGCGCGAUCCGCUCGUGCGCCAAGCGCUUCAGCACCUCGGGCAACCUGGCCCGCCACCGCCGCCUCCACCUCCUCAAGAAGCUCGAGUGCCCCGUCGAGGGCUGCACCCGCAUCUUCACCAAGUCCGAGAAGCUCGCGCGCCACCUGCAGAACCACCUCGGCAGCGUCGCGCACAUCUGCGUCGUCGAAGGCUGCGGCAAGACCUUCAGCACGGCCGGCAACCUCACGCGCCACCUGCGCACGCAGCACCCGCCUGGAGCCGUGGCCGCCGCUCGCGCCGCCGCGCCACCCCAGCUCCGCGCGCCCAUUGCCCGCCCGAGCCCGCUGUCGGUGGCCGAGUACGCGCCGUGGUCCAUGAGCACGGUGGCCAGCAGCAACAUUAGCAGCAGCUCGGCCUCCACGACCAGCGCCACCGAGCAGCACGUGAGC